AUGGCCAUCAGCAACAACAACGACCCAACCACCUGGACCACCCUCAACAAAGGUGACCCCGUCCUAACCACCUCCUUCGGCAUGGGCGGCAUCCGCGACCCAUCCCUCAUCAUCGCGCCCGACCGGUCAAAGUUUUGGCUCCUCGCCACAGAUCUCAAAGUCUGGGGCCGCGGCUGGAACAAUGGGACUUGCUACACCUGCAACGGAUCAAAGUCUAUCCACGUCUGGGAAUCAAACGAUCUCGCGAGAUGGACCGGGCCGAUGUUCACGACGGUGGCUCCCCCUGAAGCAGCGAUGGCUUGGGCUCCGGACGCGAUUUGGGAUCCGGUGAAGAACAAGUUCUUGGUUUAUUUCACGAGCAAGUUGGAUGGUCAGCUUGUGCUUAUGAAGGCGCAUACGGAGGAUUUCAAGACGUUUACACGGGCGGAGGAGUUUAAUCGGUUGGGGAUGGAUGCUACUAUUGCUUUGGAAGGGGAGACGGGGAAGUACUACUGGUUUAGUAAGCAUGGGCCUGAUGAUUUGAUUCAGCAGAAUGUGGCGGACAGUCCGGAGGGGCCGUGGAAGACGGUUAGCGAAAGGAUUGGUGCUGAUGGAGGCAUGCCGGCCGGGGAGGGACCGUUGGUGUUUAGGGAUAACAGGGAUCCGAAGAAGUGGCAUCUGUGGAUCGACGACUACAUGCGUGGUGACGGCGGCUACCUUCCAUUCACAACAAACGAUAUUUCCAAGGGCAAGUGGACGGUCGUCAAGAACGCAAAGCUACCAAAGAAUCCCAGGCACGGAUACGUAACUCCUAUUACCGCGGCUGAGCGAGCGAGACUUGUCGCUGCCUAUGGUGUAUAG